ACAGGCAUGCACCACCAUGCCUGGCUAAUUUUGUAUUUUUAGUAGAGACAGGGUUUCUCCAUGUUGGUCAGGCUGGUCUCAAACUCCUGACCUCGGGUGAUCCACUCGCCUCAGUCUCCCAAAGUGCUGGGAUUACAGGUGUGAGCCACUGGGCUUUCCCACACUUUGAUGAGCAUCAGAAUGGCCUGAGGAGCUUGGUAAGAAUUCAGACUCCCUCCUUUUCUUGUCCAUGGGCAGAAAUGUCCAAGUGGCCAUUCAAGAGGUACUGACCCAGGGUUCCAGGCGGCGGGCAGAAGGCUGAGUCUCUGGAGGAGCGAGUCAGAUGACUUGCCGCAAAGAGAGUAUCAGCAGAGGUUCAGCAGACACACCUUUGAGAGGGCACUUCCUACUUUCAGUUGUGUUUGGAAUGCAAAGGUCUGGCUGAAACGGUGGCCAAGGAGAAGGGGUGAUGGAUUUGAGAGGCUGAAGGGAUGAGGAAGUGAGGGAGUCUAGAUACUGAGCUCUCAAGCCUAGGUGUGAAAGCGGGUGAGAAGUUUGGGCUUGUUUUAGGCUAUGCCGAGUUUAAGUUCACGGUCCGGUGGAUCAGAGCUGGCGGGUAAGGCUGAAGGUGAGAGCAGGAUGAGGGUUUGGAAGCCCUUGCCUAGAAGGAGGCAGUUUUUUGAGACGGCGUAGGACAGCGCAAACCUCCAGGAUCACAGGGCUGCAGUCUUCUCCUUUCGGAGACCUCAUUGCAGAGAAGAGCGAAACCAGGGGCGGGGUGGGGGUGGUAGUGGUCUCUUCCGGUUCUUGAAGAGAGCGUCCCUUACGCAGGAGGGACGGGUCUUGGAGCACUCAAUCUCCAGGCUUGGGAGGCCCCCAGCAAUUCGGACGCGGAGGGCUAGGCCGCCACCGCGAGCCCAGUCGCCCGAUACGCGCCUUGGGGUCCGGGUCGGCUUUCCCCCGGACACCUGGCCGGAAACUGAGCCGUUUACUUCCGCCACCAGCCGGAAGUUUUCUGUCACUGGACGCCAAGGAGUUUUCGGUGGCUCAGCUGGGUAACCGGGGCUCACCAUGGCGGCCUCAUUGGUGGGGAAGAAGAUCGUGUUUGUCACGGGGAACGCCAAGAAGCUGGAGGAGGUCAUUCAGAUUCUAGGAGAUAAGUUUCCAUGCACUUUGGUGGCACAGAAAAUUGACCUGCCGGAGUACCAGGGGGAGCCGGAUGAGAUUUCCAUACAGAAAUGUCAGGAGGCAGCUCGCCAGGUACAGGGGCCCGUGCUGGUUGAGGACACCUGUCUGUGCUACAACGCCCUUGGAGGGCUCCCCGGCCCCUACAUAAAGUGGUUUCUGGAGAAGUUAAAGCCUGAAGGUCUCCACCAGCUCCUGGCUGGGUUCGAGGACAAGUCAGCCUACGCGCUCUGCACGUUUGCACUCAGCACCGGGGACCCAAGCCAGCCCGUGCGCCUGUUCAGGGGCCGGACCUCGGGCCAGAUCGUGGCACCCAGAGGCUGCCGGGACUUUGGCUGGGACCCCUGCUUUCAGCCUGAUGGAUAUGAGCAGACGUACGCAGAGAUGCCUAAGGCGGAGAAGAACGCUGUCUCCCAUCGCUUCCGGGCCCUGCUGGAGCUGCAGGAGUACUUUGGCAGCUUGACUUCUGCGGCUGGGGGAGGCCCCUCAGGCCGGGGAUCUGGGGAGGGCUAGCCUGAAACCUCCUGCAUCAGGCAGGCACCCCUGGAAGUACUUCCUUCAGGGUUUCCGCUUCCUGGGGGUGUCGAGUAGCCUCACCAGCCUGUCUGGAGGAGCAGCUGGCUCUGCUCUGAGAAACUCUGGGCAAGUGGAUGCCAUUCUCUUGCCCUUAGGAUUCACUGCUCUCUCCUACAACCUCCAGGCCUGGGAUCCUGCAAGGACCUUGGGUGGUAAAGCUGGACUUGGUGGGAGUGAGGGCUUGGGGAGGAACCAUGGAAAUCACCUCCCAUGUUUUUUAAAUGCAAUAAAUAACACUUCUGGAUGAGACUUGUUUCCAAAAUAAACCAGCUAUAUCUGUUUUGAA